GUUACUAAUGCAUGGCGGUACCUACAGUAGCAUUUUUAAGAAACAUUGAUAAAUGUGCUGACCCAAGCUUUAAUGGAAUUAAUACGGAAAAUGAGAAUGUUCAUAUUUGUUCAUCAGUCAGGGAUGACACAUCAGUCAGGGAUGACACAACCUCAACUGCUGACAUGGAAGCCCCUAUUCAAAAUGUAUCUAUUGCAAGUACCUCUCAAAAUGCUGUUACAGAUGCUAUGUGCAGUGUAUCUGCUGUAAAUCCCACACAAAAUACAGGUCGUCAGUAUACACAGUGGACAGUGGCAGAAAACCAUUUGGUAAAGGAAUAUUUUAAAGAUUAUCUAAAUGGGAAAACUGAAAAGCGACUCCCAGGAAGGCAAGUAAUUAGAAGGUUCAUGCAAGAGCAUCCAAAUUUUCAACAUGGCGAGAAAGUUGUUCACACAAAAAUAAUGAACGAGGUUAAGAAACAGGAGCAGAAGGCUAAGAAGAGACAACAAGAAUGGGCAAUGGAGUAGUGUCAACUUAAUAGUUAAGCAGGGGUGUAUCCAGGAUUUUUUCUGGGUGGGUCGUGAUAAUAAUUUUUUGGACCUUUUCAGGGGCGGCGCUAGCGGGGUGGGGGGGUCCGAAGGGGCAAAGAACCCACCGUCGGGGACCUCGGGACCCCCACUUGGACCCCCUGUCGGGGAAGUGCCAGAAAGUUCGUCGGGGAAAACAUGACAGCCAAAGUAAAAUCAUCCCUUACUAUAACUGUCAAAGGAUUACUAAAUGUUUAAUGCGAGCAUCUUGCUAUCGUAGGGAUGUGCGAGACUUAUAUGGGUUGAACUGGUGGCACCAGCUCUUCCCCGACAAGGGGCUGGUACCUCCGACAAGGGGUCAGUACUCCCGACAAGGGGACUCUUAACUGGCAUGGUUUUAUAAUAAAGCAUCCUAUUAACACACACAAAAAAAGUCCCCGACAAACUAAUUUCUCCCCGACCGGGGGCUGGCAACCCAGACAGUAUAGUAGUACCCCGACAGGGUUUAGAACUCCUAACAGGAGAAUUAAUUGGCGAGUAUUUUGGAAUAUGAAAGACUUAAUUUGCAUAGUUUCCUAUCAAAUUAUCUUUUUUAAAUAAAGAAUCACGUAAUUAAAACCAACCAAAUUUUAUUAUUUUUUAAUCAAAAAUUUUCCCCGACAAAUUUAUUUUUCCCCGACCGGGGGAAAGGUUUCCACUAGAGGGGAUAUCGAUAUAGCACCACUAGCCCCACCCCGCUGGCGCCUCAACUGAUCAUUGUGACACUGUGUAAGAACAGACACACAAAAACCACAGUGGCGGCCCCAACCCCUAGGGACCUCGAUCCACCACCCUGACCAAAAAGGGCUUUAUUGAUACAUGUGUUUCUACUGAAAACUACAAAAUAAUCGAUUUUUUUUAACCGCUUUUUUUAAUGAUUGCCAGACAGCCAGCUCGCGUUGCAACUGUUUAUUACUUACACGAAAAUCGGUUUUCGCGGCGGAAAUUACGUUACCAUUACCCACGAACUCCAAAGUACGAACUGACCUCUCUUGUUUAUGAAACACAUUCUCCGAACUGUGUAGGCCUAGGCUAUUGCUUUCCGACGAUUUUUGGCAAUAUGACUAAUUUUAAUAAUGCCAAUUUGUUACUCGCUACGCUAUGGACGUUUCUUUCUCAACAAGACAGUAUACUUCACAUGAAUUCCGUUAACGAUGACGAGGAGGAGGAUACGGUGUGGAACAUGCUAAGUGCACGUCGUGCGGCACAAUGAACGAGGACAACGGUAUAGGCGCAGAAGAGAUGGGAGGCAUAGGCCCAAUAUCGUUGGCCACGGGAUUUAUGUUCCCCACCACAAAAUAAUUACAAACCGAGUGAUUUUGUCGCUCCACAUCGUUAAGUUAACUUUCUGCUUGUACAACAUGUGACAAAAGCAAAAGACUAGGCUUCCUGUAAUCGUUCUGAAUGUUCGCGCUUGUACCUCGGUUUGACCUAGAGGUCACCCAAUAAUCGCUUUUUUCGUGUUGCAGCUAAAAACUGCACAGCCAAAAUCGGUUAUUUGCCGUUCAAACACGCUAUCCAUUGCAUGUUUUUAAUCGAUUUUUUUUAAUCGCUUUUUUCGAACUGGUCCCGUUUCUACUAGAAGAAAAAAAGCGAUUUUUUUUUGAAAAAGCGAUUAUUAAUCGAUUUUUUCUUCCCAGUAGAAACAUGCCCUCUGUCAUCGACUGUAGAACAUGUGGCGGACUAAAUUGGGACCAUGUUAGCCUGGGGCUCUCUAAAACUGGAGAUAAAAUGAUAGACAGGCGCGGAUCCAGACCUUCGCCCAGUUCGCACGUGCACUAUACAUAAUUAAAACCAAAAACAAAACAAAAAUGACAAGCUGAAAAAUAAAGACAACAAAGAUAUAACUAACACAAAAUUAAAAAUUAUGAAAUUGUUCAACAUUUUAAAUAAUUUCUCUAGAAAAUACAAAUAUGGUAUAAAUAAGGCUGAUCGGUUUUUGAAUGAUCUUCUUAAUUUGUGUAAAAUGUAUGUAAUAUUGAGCAGGAAAGAUUUUUAUUUACUAUAUUACCACUUUUUACAUUGAUGAUUCAUUAUCAUCACCCAGUUGAAUUUUUACUUAAAUAGGCCUAUAUACAAUGAAUGUUGUCGGAACUGGGAUAAGAUGCGAUGAAAACUGGCCGGUUAUGCACUUACAUUAUGCUGAACUCGCUUUCAAUUAUAAAAAAAAAAAAAAUCUGCCAGGUUGUUUCAUUUUAUACCCAUGUGCAACACUGAAUAAUUUGAUCUUACUUACACAAUUAUAAUCAUCCAUUGGUUCAAUCCAUUCGAGUAAUGACCUGGUUUAAUUUAGAAAAUAAUCAUGUUUAUGUGAACUACUUAUUACUAUAUCUGUUUCUUGAAUGCAAGAAUCAGUUCUUAUGAUGAACUCUUCAUAGGACCUGUUCCUAAAAAACUGUUUCUAAACACAUACCCAGCUCAAAAGAACCGUUUCUUGCGAUGCAUGUUUUAGUAGUAACAGGAAUAGUGUGCACAAUUCGGUCAACGUGAGGUGAAACUGUUACUGCCCAUGUGAUAUGUGGACUUAAUUUUUUUUUUUUCAUUUGUUAUGUGGACAAUGUGGUUGGCUGCUAACAUUUUUUCCUCUUAUUUUCUGCUGUAUUCUUAACAAAUACCAAACCAGUUUAUUGUAUCUUGAAUGCUGGUUAUAAAUACAGUAAAAAUAAGCAUAGCUGAUACUAGUGAUGCAAAGUUACUUAAAGUUGAAGAAAUUAUUAAUUUGAUCAAUGUUUUUUUUAGUCAAGUUGAAUAUCAGAAUUGGUUUUAUGUGGAGCCAUAAUUAAGCCGAAUCGUUGAUUUUUUCGUGUUAAUCUGAUUACCAACCAACGAUUAGUGAAUUGUUUAUUUCUCGAUAUUCAGUAGAAACACUUACCAUAAACACUCCUCGAUCUUCAAUCGAGGGCAGCACCUGCUUUAGUAUUUUAAAUACACUUAUUUGGUACUUUAUAUUAUUUAUAGUCUGUAAAAAAAUAUUGUUCAGGUAAUUGAAUAACAUGUGCUGUCGGGCUGCCAUUCUGCUUUAUUCAAAAUAGACAGUAGGUCUGCGCUUAUUGAAGGCAUUAAAUGCGGAGUUAAACACAAGUCUGUUAGCAAAACAAUAUGUUGAAAGUAUAUAAUGGCACAAAAAUACUUGUAGGCAUAUCUGAAUAUAUACUAGCCUAUGCCCCCACUAAAUUAAAGCCUGCUAUUAGAUGAAUUUAUUCACACAAAUCAAGUGUCCAGUCGCCUUCAGAGCUCUGGUUAUACAUUUUCACUUCACAAAAAGUAGAAAGAUUCCGAACUGCUGAUCUUGCUGAGAAAAAAAUGUGCUAGAAAGUGUAUGUGAAAGAAUUAACACUUUCUAUUCACUCUAGUAAAUUUGCUUGGUGGAAAUCUUGCUCAAGGCCUAAAACAAUGUGGAAUCGUCAGGCGCGGAUUUAGGGGCGCCCCCCCCCCUUUUUGCUCGGCCAAAUUAUAUAUUUGCUGAAACUACAGUGCAAAAAAACAACUGAAUUUGCUCAAAAUCUAGGAGCCCCCUGGGCCCCCUAAUUAUUGUUUAGCCUACUAAUUUUAUUCAUGAUGUCUAUUGCGCAAUUCACAUUUUUCCUUUAAAAUAUUUGUCCAGUCCCUCAAAACAAUCCUAAAAACGUCCAGAAUGCACUACUUCACAUGCAGUUUCGCCCUUGGUCCCGUACCAUGGGGGACGGGAAACGCUUCGCCAUUGGUACAUAUAGUGGGGGCUGGGGAACACGCCAGUUAAUUAGAUAUGGUUGCCGAAAAUCACCGUGUUUAGUACUGAUUCUAGUUUGAGGCUGAGGAUUGUUCCCCACUGUGUUGCUGAUUAUGUCUUCUACAUUUAUUCUGACGAUGAUGAAUUUCACUAUAUAAGAGUGUGAUUUCCAGCCAUCAAAAUUCAGGUCUACUGUUAUCUCUUCGGAUUUUGACUCACGACAUCCCCCUAUCUUCUACUCAUUCCAUAUGUGAUGAUGAUGAAUUUUACUAUAAGAAUUUCAUUUCCAGAAAUCUAUAGGACCUAUUUCUGAAAAUUUUUGCGCCUAGGCCUCAACCAUGGUGGGAGCUAGUGAAUGUCAACUCAUGCCUGUUUUCCCCUCUUUAGUGCUGCUUUUAGGUCUUUUACAUUCAUUCCAUAUGUGAUGGUGAUGGAUUUUUAUAUGUUAGACUAUCAUUUCCGGCCAAUACAGGUACUAUUUCUUCAAAUUUUCGCACCUCAGCCCCAACCAUCGUGGGGCUGUGGUGGGUCUGUUUAGUGCUGAUUUAGGUUUUCUUAAUUCCAUAUAGGAUGAUUGUGAACUUUACUGUAAUAAGAGUGUCAUUUCAGGUCACCUAGAGGUAUAUCUCUUUAAAAAUUCGCCCAUCAGCCCCCACCAUAGUUGGAUGUCCAUUCACGACUUCCCCUGUUUAUGGUCAUUAAGUCUUCAACAUUCAUUAUGGGAUGAGCAUGAAUUUUAUUAUAUAAGGGUGUCAUUUCCGGCCAUCUAAAGGUACUGUUUCCUCAAAUUUUCCAACCUCAGCCCCAAUCAUGGUGCGGCUGAGGUGAGUGUCUAUUCACGAUUUCCCCUUUUUUGGUGCUCAUUUUAGGAUUUCUACAUUCCAUGGGAUGAUCAUGAAAUUGAAUUUUACUAUAUAACAUUGUCAUUCCCGGCCACAGAGGUAUAUAUCUUAAAUUUUUCGCGCCUCAACCCAAACCAUGGUGGGGCUGAGUAGAUGUCUAUUUCAAGUGAUGUUUCUAGGUCUUCAACAUUCAUUCCGCAUGGGAUAGACAUGAAUUUUAUUAUAUAAAAGAGUGUCAUUUCCGGCCAUCUAGUCUAGAGGAUAUUUCCUCAAAUUUUCCAUUCUCAGCCCCAACCUUUUUCGUGAUCAUUUUAGGUUUUCUGCAUUCCGUAUCCAUUCACGAUUUCCCGUUUAGUGGUCAUUUUAGGUCCGUAUGGGAUGAGCAUAAAGUUUAUUAUAUAAGAGUGUCAUUUCCGGCCAUCUAGAGGUACUAAUUCCUCAAAUUUUCGAAACUCAUCCCCAACCAUGGUGCGGCUGAGGUGGUGUCCGUUUACGAUUUCCCCUUUUUUGGUGCUCAUUUUAGGCCUUUUGCAUUCUGUAUGGGAUGAUCAUGAAUUUGAAUAUUACUAUACGAGUGUCAUUUCCGUCCAUCUAGAGGUACUAUUUCCUAAAUUUUUUUGCAAGGCUUGACCCCCCCCCCCUUAAAUUUUUUUUUCUGGC